CACAAGCCGUGCACAACAACAACAACCACCACGCGCCUCCACCAUCCACUUCACGUCCGUCUUUACGUUCAUGGUUGCGUAAUAGCAUGCUGAAUCUGCUGGGACUUCAUACGCAACCAUGCAUCUGAUCAAGCCGCAGUGGUUGACCCACUCGGGCGAUCUGAAAGACCACGAAGUAUACAGCUGCCAUGUCUCUCCUGAUGGAAAGCGCCUUGUCACCGCCGCCGGAGAUGGCUACGUAAGAGUAUGGUCCACCGAAGCCAUUCUGAACUCGAACAACCACGAGUACACCAAACCGAAGCAGCUCGCAGCUGUCAGCCAUCAUUCAGGCACGAUUCACGCGGUGCGAUUCUCCUCGAACAACAAAUAUCUGGCUUCAGGUGCGGACGACAAGAUUGUCUGUGUGUAUGCGCUGGACCCCAAUGCGCCGACACAUGCUACUUUUGGUUCGAACGAAGCUCCUCCUGUCGAGAACUGGCGUGUCAUUCGCCGUCUCAUAGGGCAUGACAACGAUGUGCAGGACAUUGGCUGGUCCUUUGACUCGUCCAUUCUGGUAUCAGUAGGAUUGGAUUCGAAAGUGGUGGUCUGGUCUGGACACUCGUUUGAGAAGCUCAAAACGCUAUCAAAUCACCAGAGUCACGUCAAGGGUGUCACAUUCGAUCCCGCAAACAAAUACUUCGCGACUGCGAGCGACGACCGUACCAUCAAAGUCUACCGUUUCAACUCGCCGCCUACGAACGCUACCCAACAGGAUCAGGUCAACAACUUCAUGCUCGAGCACACCAUUACCGCGCCCUUCCAAACCUCGCCGCUCACCACAUAUUUCCGCCGUUGCUCCUGGUCACCAGAUGGGGCUCACAUUGCCGCCGCAAACGCAACAAAUGGACCUGUCAGCUCUGUCGCCAUUCUUGCGCGUGGAACAUGGGACGGCGACAUCAGUUUGGUCGGUCACGAAGGGCCAGUAGAAGUAGCUGCAUUCUCGCCCCGCCUGUUCUACAAAGACCCACCGAAAGAGAUCGACGGCACUGUGUACCAGCCGACGGUGACAAUUGUGGCAUGCGCCGGUCAAGACAAGUGCCUCAGCGUUUGGAAUACGAGCUUUCCUAGACCGUUCAUGAUCUCGCAAGAGUUGGCUGGAAAGUCGAUAUCAGAUCUGGCAUGGGCACCUGGUGGAGAAGUCUUGUACGCUACGAGUCUCGAUGGCAGCAUCCUCACACUCGUGUUCGAGCCUGGAGAGCUCGGCUACCCUGCAUCGCUGGAUGAGAACGAUAAGACCCUUUCAAAGUUUGGUGCAGGUCGAAGAGUUGGGAUUGUCGAAGGCACAGACGCUCUGCUACUAGAAGAAAGUGCUAAGAGCGGAGAGCUGAAGGGUGUUCAGGGUCGCAUGGGAGCUUUAAUGGGUGAUGGUGGUGCAGCACAACCUCCGACAAUCACCACGAAUGGGGCCAACGGCGCAACGACAUCAACAGGCCUCACAAAUGGAACCACGACACCAGCAGUGCCGGCCGAGCCUCCUGCAGAUCAGCGUGUCGAGAAGCUUAAGCAGCGAGUGACCGUGACGAAAGAGGGCAAGAAGCGCAUAGCGCCCAUGCUCGUUUCUUCGUCUUCUGGUGUUGGUGAAUCGUCGUUGCCGCAGACCCAACUUAUCUCUGCAGCUGCCACAUCAGUUGGCAGGAGCGACAACCCACACAACAUCCUCGAUCUGUCAAAACCAUACGAUGGGUUCCCUAAGGGUGGUCUCGCAUCAAUGCUCGUCGGCAACAAAAGGAAAUUCGCAGAAAUCGAAGGCGACGAAGACCGACAAGUCGAGCGGAGACUUGCCGCUACAGUUCGACCUGGUGGCGCAGCUAUUGUGCUAAACAGCGAGAAUGGCCUCGUACCGCCCGCCGCUGCUGCUUCAAAGACUAAUGAGCAUGAGCCUGCAAGGAUUCUGCGACCUGCUAUUGUCAACCCGUCACUAAGUGUCAGCCAAGUGCGCCUAGCUGUACCGAAAGUAAGAAGUGUCAUUGUCCGCACAAUGGACGGCAGCGAACCGCCACAACAGAAUGGAGUCGAUCCUAACACAGGGAAAGCAGAGUUGACGGAAACUGUCAUGCUGGAAGCACGGAACGCCACUGGCCCAUCUCGAACAGGCCGGUUCCAAGAUCAUGACCCUGUCCGGAUAAGCUGCACAAAGAAGGGUCAGGCACUAUGGCAAGAUUACCUGCCCAAGGCUGUCCUGCUGGUAACGGGCAACACAAAUUUCUUCGCGGCGGCAUGUGAGGAUGGCUCCGUAUACGCAUGGUCUCCAGCUGGCCGAAGGACUCUAAACGCCAUGAUCCUGGAAGCACAACCCGUCAUCAUGGACUGCCGUGGCUGGUGGCUGAUGGCCAUAUCAGCAGUCGGCAUGUGCUAUGUAUGGAACCUCAAAGACAUGUCCGCACCACACCCUCCCAUUUCAGUCGCACCGAUCCUAGACAUUGCGGCGCAUACCCAAGGUCCUCAUCUGACCAAAUCCCCUGGCAUCGUCUUUGCACGCCUCAACACUGAAGGCAGGAUUAUUGUUGCUAUGUCGAAUGGUGAUGGCUACACAUACAACCCCGAUAUGUACAUCUGGCAACGGAUAUCAGAGCCUUGGUUUGCAGUCGGGAGUCAGUACUGGAACACUACAGACUCAUCCCUCGGCAACAUUCGGUCAACACAGGACAAGAAUGCUCCAAAGGAGAAGGAUGACCAAGUUUCAUUGGAGAACAUUUCAGCGGGCAUCAUACCGUCGCUAGAACGCAACACGACGAAUCAAUUCUUGCUACAGGGCCGAGCAUUCUACCUCCAGCGGCUCAUCAAAGCACUCAUCUCUGCUGAGGGUUACGAGACCUUCGAGAGCUGCGUCAGCGUGGCACACCUGGAGAACCGAGUCGCCGCUGCAAAGACGUUAGGCGCACGGGAGGAGUUCAAAAUCUACCUUUCCAUGUAUGUCAAGCGCAUUGGAGCGGAGGGUCUCAAGGGCAAGAUCGAAGAGCUGCUGCGGAGCUUGUCUGGCGACCUUAUCGCCGAGGAUGAGGACGAGAGCAAAGAGACUGAGAAGGCAGACGACACUACCUGCGGCUGGAAGAAAGAAGACCUUUUGAAAGAAGCAGUGUUGAUUCUUGGUAAACAUCGCGACCUCCAGCGCAUUACUGUGCCAUAUGCACGUCUUCUCGGCAUUAUUCAUGAAAACCAGCAGCAGGACGAGGCCAUGGUCACGGAUUUGUAGGAUCGUUCGUCUCAUGUAAUGCCCUGCUGGCGUUCUUUCUGUGCUUAGCGUUUCUUUGGGUUGGUAUUGUAUCAAAAGCAUGGAUAGGCGCGUGAAUUGUCCCUGGACUAGAUGGAUCAUGAGCUGCACGGCGUCUGGCGUAAUCCCAGGUCAACACGGCCUGAUUGG